CGGUAGAUUGGGUUAACAUUUGACACAAAAUAAGCCAACCCAAUAUUGGCACGACUUGUGACGACCCGUAAACCGAGAUUCUCAACCAAAUUACCUAACCCGAUCCGAUUGUCAGGUUUGAUGUUUGUGGGUGUUGUUAGUGGAAAAGACCAUAGCUAGAGUAUCCGGUUGCGUAAUGCGUAGUACUAAUAUGUUCGUAUCAUUACGUGUGGUAAUGCCCAUGGUUCAAAAAGGCAUGCUUAACCGUACGCUUAGGCACACCUAGGUGCAAGGCAAUGGCAAAACGCCUCGCCUAGAGGUUUCGCGCCUAGUUAGAUACUAGAACAUGUCAAUGGAGUAAGGUGACAUAUAAGUCUCUCCUAAACACAACUAGAUGGAGCUAGAAAGUCAAUAUUAAAGUAGAAAAUUAACGUCAAUUACGAAAUCAAUUUUCUAUUUCAAUAUUUUCAAUAGCUCAAGAACUUUGUGAGCUAUUGAGUUAUGAUUCUACGAAUUCGAGCGCUAUGAUCUAGUCAUUAAGUGUUGAGUACGUUCUUAAUCAUUUUAACUGAAGUGAAAAAGUGUUGUAGAUUAUUAUUUCAUUUAUCAUAUCGUGCGAAUAGGCAUUUUUGUUCCAAUGCCUAGGCAUGCUUAGUCUACGCCUAGGCAAGCUAGGCGCUGGGCAAAGGCUCAACGCCCACCUUUCGCCUAGCGCUUUUUUGAACCUUGAUAAUGCCAACGAGAUUGUAGUUAUUGUUAGGUAUUUGUCGUAUAUCCUUGGCGACUAAGACACAACAAUAUAGCGCAAAUAUGAGAAGAGAAUACCCCUUUUUAAUUAGAGUGGCGCCCUACAUCCUUUCAACAUAGAUAGAGCCAUUGUCAUUUGAUCAAUGUUGUCAGAACCGAACCGGAGCAUGACCCGGUAAUGCGAACGGCUCUCACUUUAGUGGUCCAACCGGCAUUAGACCGUUUAAAAAUUGUUAGAGAACUGGUACCUAAUAAACAUUAUCAGUAUAAAUAGUGGACAUUUCUUAAUCUGAGCUCGUCUCUUUCCUUCGAAAUUGUGAAAUUGAAAUAAGGAUUCAGUUUGAGAACCCGACAUUUUUGGUUUAUUUCAAUUUUAUGUAAUUUUUUUAAUUAAAUUUAAUGGCUCAUGGCAAAAACCGGACGAGCGGCUCGAUUGGUUCGAGCGGUUAACCCUUAACCGCCUCGGUCGCUCAUCAACCGCUACAUAAAACCGAAGCGGCUUUUAGACUGUUCCGAACCGAUUUUGUGACCGGGUGGGCGGUUUCACCGGUCGGACCGAGCGACUAGGCUCGGCUUUAAUAACACUGCAUUUGAUACAAACCCAUGUGAUCCUUAUUCGCUUAUGUCCCAGCUUUAUUGUACCAUGCUACCUAUUCACUGGCUUAUAUUUGGAAUGCAUUAUUAGGGACCCCAUGUAUAGAACUAGCUACCACGACUUUUUUAUCACCAUUUAUUUCAAUCAGAUGAUUAGUUGUUAAAUAAUUCAUCAUAAAGUUUGCUUGUUUGGUUUUCUUAUCAAGAGCCACCUAAAUUUUGUUGGUUGGAAUAGCACCACGAGUCUGAUUGUUUCGUUUUAGUCUAUUAGUAUCUCCCAAGCCAUAUAGCUACGUACUAAUCAUAAAUCAAUAUCAGGUAAUAAGUCACAUACAGAAGAAUGUGGGUUGUUGCUAUUUUGCUACCAGCUUUCUUCUCCUUCAUAUUCUUGUGGCUCUACAUAGCAUUUAUCGCCAGGAACAAAAGUUCUUCCGCCAUCGAAUGGCCAGUGGUGGGCAUGCUUCCGGCCCUCCUUUGGAACGCAACCACCGAUCUUCACGGCUUCAUCACUCGACUCGUCAAAGAAAGCGGCGGCACGUUCGUGUUCAAAGGCCCCUGGUUCGCCAACCUGGACAUCGUCGUCACCAGCGAUCCGAUGAACGUCCACCAUGUCUUCAGCAAGAACUUCGCCAACUACGGGAAGGGUGAAGAUUUCAGGACCAUAUUUGAGGAGUUCCUUGGAGGAGGGAUCGUCAAUUCGGAUGGCGAGUCGUGGAAGAUUCAACGGAAGAGGAUCCAUUCCUUCUUGAGCAAGGACGGCUUCAAAAACUACGUCAUGGCGACGCUUCAUCAGAAGAUGGAGGAAACAUUGUUCCGAGUCCUCGACGAUGUUUGUUCGUCACCGGGAGUUAGGGGUGAGGUGGACAUGCAAGACGUGGUGAGCAGGUUCAUGUUUGACUAUGUCUGCAUGUGGGUCUUGGGAUUCGAUCCAGGUUACCUUUGUGUUGACAGACAUUUAGAUACCUUCUCAUGUGGCAAAGCAUACGACGACAUUGAGGAGGCCGUCGUAUACCGACAUAUUGUCCCAAAAGGUGUAUGGAAAAUUCAGAGAAUAUUUGGGAUCGGAUCGGAGAAGAAAUUUAGUACAAGUAUUGAGGUAUUGGAUAAGUUCUUGUACGAUGUCGUGAAAACCAAGAAACAAGAGUUCUACAAAGAAGAUAAACGCCUACAACUUGAAUUGCUAACACAAUGGAUGGUAGCAGAUGAAAGAGGAGAAAGUUCAGAUAAAUUUCUACGGGACUUUGGAGUGACAUUAAUAGCGGCAGGGAAAGACUCUGUGUCUUCGGUUCUAACUUGGUUGCUCUGGUUGGUUGCAAUCCACCCUCAGGUUGAGAAAAAGAUUAUCGAGGAGAUUGAAAGAGUAGUGGUAAUGGCUAAACGACGACCAAAUCCUAGAGAAGGACGAUUGUUAGGAGUUUUCAUGAUCGAUAAAGAUGAGAUGAAUAGACUUGUAUAUCUCCAUGCAAUCAUCUGCGAAACAUUGAGAUUGUACCCACCCGCACCAUUCGAGCUAAGAUGUGCCAUUGAAGAUGAUAUGCUCCCUAGCGGCCAUCUCAUUCACAAGGGUACUAGGAUUUUGUUCUCCAUAUACUCCAUGGGGAGGAUGGAAGAGAUAUGGGGGAAAGAUUGCAUGGAGUUCAAGCCUGAGAGAUGGAUUUCGGAGCAAGGGAGCUUAAUCCACAUCCCCUCAUACAAGUUCAUUAAUUUUUUGGCAGGGCCAAGGUAUUGUUUGGGGAAGUCGUUGUCUUUCAUGCAACUCAAGUUCAUUGUUAGUACUCUUCUAUGGAACUACAAGUUUGAUAUGGUAGAGGGUCAAAUCGUCAAGCCACUUCCUUCUACUAUGUUGACAAUGGAAAAUGGUUUGAAGAUGAGAGUUUCCAAGAGAGAUGUUUAGUUAGUUUCUUCUUAAUAAUUGUGGUUUGCAAUAAAUAUUGGUACGAGUUGGAUUGCUUUUAAACUAAAGUUGUUAUUAUUGCCUUAUUCAAUAAAUAUAUUGUCUGGUACCACUUGAAUAUGACAUCUUUCUAGACAAUAUCACCAAAAUUCUCCUGUCUGUUGUUUCUCUUUUCCCGAAGCAGUAAACACAGUUUUAAUUUCUCCAAUAAGAACAGAAUUCGACUUUGUAUCGGACGAGAACGAUCAUAAAUGUCUAAAAGUUGUUGCACAUAUUUAUGAUGAUAAACAUAUUUAGUCGCAAAUUCGACAUAUUCAGCGGCCAAAAGUUAGACAGUUGGUCACAAAAGACAAUUUGUUUUCUGUCUCCUCUCAUUGUUAAUGCAAAGCAUCCAUUUCUUCCUUUUAUAGUUCAUUCAGUGGAAUAAAAUAAAUAUUGACUUUUUCAGCUUUCAAAAUAGAAUACAGAGCAUGUAGAGGUGGCAAUUAGGAUCCAAAUCCAUGAAUCCAAUCCAAUCCAUUCACCAAAUUAUCCACUUAAUCCAAUCCAUUUAAAUCCAAUCCAUUUGAUCCAAAUCCAAUUGGAUUGGUGGGUUCAUGGAUCAAUCCAUGGAUCCAAAUGGCAAAUUACGAUUUGGUACCUAUAUUUUUAUAUUUUAUAUUUUGGUACCUAAAAUUUAUAUUUUUAUACGAAAAAUAUCAUUGGAAAAUUACAUUUUGGUACCUAAAAUUUUUCAUUACGACAUUUUAGUACCUAAACUUUUCAAAAUUUACAUUUUGGUCCAAGCUUUGGAUGUCAUUUGGAUUCAUGGAUCAAUCCACCAAUCCAAUCCACGAAUCCACGAAUCCGAUCCAAUUGCCGCCUCUAAGAGCAUGUGAUGGUUUUUUAUACCUCUGUUCGUUAUGAAUCACUUAAAGCUUCAUUUACUUCUUUAAUUAUCAUCAUAAGAUGGCAAUAGUGACGAAACUAUGUGAAUAUAGGAACUAAAAUCCUCCUGAAUACUGAAUCCAACGUCAAACAAAUUAACUUACUAAACAUAAAGAAAAUAAAAUCCUUGUUAAAAAUGUUCAUCUUCUUAAAAACAUAAAGAAAAUAAAACUCGACAUUGAUGAUAUUAUUGAGAUCAAUUGGUAUUUGACUCUUUUUUUUUUUAUGUAUUGAUCAAGAUGUGAACAUGGACUGAAGCUCCUUAUGAUACGGACUUGUAUCUCUAUUAGUGUAUCUGUUUGUGAACAUACUAUCAUUGCUCUAUAAUUGAGAAAGCUAUAUUUUUUUUCCUUUUGUAUUGAGAAUUUUUGCCUUAGACAUUUCAAAUCUUUAAAAUCUACGGGUAUCAAAACUUUAUUGAUUCGUAAUUUUUUUCCUUUUAUUAUAUCUCUUCGUUUUAUUUAUUUAUCGCAUUAAAUAUAUUUAUCAACAAACUUAUCAAUGUUUCUCGAAUCUCUCUAAUUUUUUUAAUCAAGGAUAAACAUGUUAUUUAAUAUAAAAUUAUAAUUUUUAUUUUCAUUGAAGCUUAACAAUCACAGUUACCAUACAAUAAACAUUUUAAAAUCUAUUUCAACUUUUCGAAGAGGAAGAAUCUUUAGAUUGUUAACAAUCUAUCAAUUUAAACUCAUAUUCUCCAAAUGAACCCUAAGUGAUUUGUUCGUUAACAUAGUAACGGAGUCUCUGACCGAGAAGCCUUGGUUUCGUAUCGUUAUGACAACCCUCAGUAUAAACAAUGGUUUAUUACAAAGAAUAAUAUGACCAAUCUGUGCAAACUUAAAGUCUAAUGAUUUAGCAGCACAAAAUAAUAUGUUUAAACCUGUACAAACUCUAAAAAAUCAAAUGUAGCCUUUAGCUUAAGAGACCGUGUAAGAGAUAACAAAAAUUCUAAACAAACAUUUCCUCAACAACUCAAAUAAUUAAAAAGACUAAUUAAGUGGUGGUAUGUGGUUGAUGGAUCUAGUAACAUGAAUUCUCGCUAGGCCAUCAAUAAUAAUGAAUCUACCUACCGAUC